AUGUCUUCCGCAAAUUUUGUGGCCCAAGAACAAGCUGCAUUUGACUAUGAAGUUUCCGAGGUGAAGAGGUGGUGGAAGACUGAACGUUUUCGUCUUAUAAAGCGUCCAUACACUGCCGAGCAGAUCGUCUCAAAACGAAGUCUUCUUAAGCAGCAAUAUGCCUCUGACACUCAGGCCAAGAAGCUCUGGACCCUGUUAAAACUUCACCAAAAAAACAAGACAGUUUCGCAUACUUUUGGAUGUUUAGAUCCUAUCCAAGUAUCACUAAUGGCUAGGUAUCUCGAAACUGUUUAUGUCUCAGGCUGGCAAUGCUCUGCUACCGCAUCCACUUCAAAUGAGCCCGGACCUGAUCUUGCAGAUUACCCAAUGGAUACCGUUCCUAACAAAGUGGAACAUUUGUUUUUGGCACAACAAUUCCAUGAUAGAAAACAACGUGAAGCAAGGUUCAGCAUGUCUAAGGAAGAGCGUGCAAAAACUCAUUUCGUAGAUUAUUUGCGUCCGAUCAUUGCGGACGCUGAUACUGGUCAUGGUGGUAUCACUGCUAUAUUGAAACUUACAAAAAUGUUUGUCGAACGUGGUGCUGCGGGAAUCUACGAUUUGACAAUUGAUUCAUGGGGUUUGAUCAGAUUUGCACUUAAAGAAAGAGAAUUACAUUUAUUGAAAGUCGACCUUCAUGUUGAAGAUCAAAGUCCACUUUAUAAGAAGUGUGGUCACAUGGCUGGCAAGGUUUUGGUUCCAAUCUCUGAGCAUAUCAAUCGCUUGAUCGCAAUUCGUGUCCAAUUUGAUAUUAUGGGUGUUGAAAACCUCAUU